AACAAAGAUUUUAAUUUAUUAAAUUUCCCUGGCAAUGAGCACAUAUACUUUUGAGCAGUCCAAGCCAUGUUUUGUAUGUCUAGAACUCCUCCUCUCGUAGAUGAUUCAACCCCACUUUACUACCAGGCAGAGCUUCAUUGGGGGAAACUGAAAAAUGCAAAAGAAUGGCAGCAUAAUGAAGGACGUGUGUUUGAAUAUUCAGGUGUAAGUUCAAUUAUGGGUAUUUGCCCGUGGGUUACUGGCAGUGCCUAAAUAUAGCAGAGAAGACUGGGCUCCCACCUGUUACAGACAGCAUCUUACCCCCGUAUGGGCUGAGCCAAGAGCAAGGAUAUAAUUGGCUGUCUCAGUCUCCCCAUCACUCACAAGGAAUUAGUCGGUGUGUCAUUGGUCAGGUGAGGGUGGUGCGCUGUCAGGGACAUUCAUUUGGAGUCAGGUUGUCACUGGUUGCACUGGACCAGUGCCAUCUGCUUUGUCAUGGGGUCACUGAGAUCGGUAGAAUGCAGUGUACAGACAGAAUUGUGGGGUUUAUAUUGAAUGUGUCUCACUUGGUAUCUAUGGGAAGGCCAUUGCUGUGUGUGACCCCAAGACUGAGGUGUAAUAAAUCAGCAGAAUAAAGUCAAGCACUUUUUUAUUGACCCAUCCAUCUGCUGCUAGUGGACUUGGAUCUACGCCGCUAAUUCUUUAGGUGAACCAAGAUUCCUACCAUUAAGGAUUCUUUGGUCUGUAAUUUCCCCUCACCUCCCAUUUGAUCAACCUUGGGGUUUGGCCUCACUGCAAUCCCCCAGACCACAGGAACUCAGCACUAAGCCCUUCACUCUGAGACAGACUCCUCCCCCUCUCUCAGGCUCAACCCCAUCACUAACUCAAUAAGCCCCUCCCCAUACGAUAACUCGGUCCUGUAAGUGAACCAAAAUGAACCUCAAGGAAAACGCGUAUACGCUCGCCUUCCUCCCUGUCCGCCUGCUGAUCUGGCUGUACACGGUCAUUACAUUUGUCCCAUGGUAUAUCCUCACCCAUACCCACGAGAAGCUAGCCCUGGGAAAGAGGGUAAAAGCGAAGUCCACCACGGGCAGCCCCGAGGGGCCCUACCGAUCUGUGGACCGCUUCGACUCCCUGGCCACCAUGGACUUUCCGGGAAAGGACACCAUUGACAAGCUGUGUGACCACGCCGUGCAGCGCUUUGGGAAAGCCGACUGCCUUGGGACCAGGGAGGUCCUGAGCGCAGAGAACGAGAUCCAGCCCAGUGGGAAGGUGUUCAAGAAGCUGAUCCUGGGUGAGUACAAGUGGCUGUCGUACCAGGAUGUGGACGUGGCGGUGAGUCAGUUUGGCAGUGGGCUGACAGCCCUGGGCCAGCAGCCAAGGAGCACCAUCGCCAUCUUCUGCGAGACGCGGGCGGAGUGGAUGAUCAGCGCCCAGGCCUGCUUCAGACGUAACUUCCCACUGGUAACGUUUUAUGCGACCCUGGGGGAGGAAGCCAUUGCGUAUGGGCUGAACGAAACUGGGGUCACCCACUUGAUCACCAGUGUGGAGCUUGUGGAGACCAAACUGAAGAGUGUGCUUCCUGAGAUCCACAACCUGAAACAUAUCAUCUACGUGGACACCAAGGGCCUGAAUAAGACUGGGUACCCUGAAGGCCUACAAAUCCACAGCAUGGAGGCUGUGAAAGAGCUGGGAGCCAAGCCCGAGAACAUGAGCGUGAAGAUAGAGCGUCCCCAACCCUCAGACCUGGCGGUCAUCAUGUACACCAGUGGCUCCACCGGCCGCCCAAAGGGCGUCAUGAUUCUCCACAACAACCUGAUCGCUGGAAUGACGGGCCAGUGUGAGAGGAUCCCAGGGCUGGGUCCACAGGACACCUACAUUGGCUACCUGCCACUGGCUCAUGUGUUGGAGAUGACCGCAGAGAUCUCCUGUGUGACGUAUGGCUGCAGGAUUGGGUACUCCUCACCCCAGACACUCUCCGACCAGUCGACAAAGAUCAAGAAGGGCAGCAAGGGAGACUGUUCUGUACUGAGGCCUACUCUAAUGGCAGCUGUUCCGGAAAUAAUGGACCGCAUCUACAAGAAUGUGAUGAGCAAGGUGCAGGAGAUGGGUUAUGUGCAGAGGACCCUCUUCAAACUGGCCUAUAACUAUAAGCUGGAGCAGGUCAAAAGGGGCUAUGACGCACCUCUCUGUAACAUGCUCCUCUUUAAGAAAGUGAGGGCGCUGCUGGGGGGGAACGUGCGGAUGAUGCUUUCGGGAGGAGCGCCCCUGUCCUCCGCCACCCAGCGCUUCAUGAACGUCUGCUUCUGCUGCCCCGUGGGCCAGGGCUACGGCCUGACCGAGACCUGCGGAGCCGGCACCAUCACUGCAGUGGCAGACCACAGCACUGGGCGAGUUGGAGCUCCCCUCAUCUGCUGCGAGGUCAAACUGAGAGACUGGGCCGAGGGAGGCUACACCAAACACGACAAGCCCCACCCCCGAGGGGAGAUCCUGAUUGGAGGGCCCAACGUCACCAUGGGUUACUACAGAAGCAAGCGCAGCAAGGACGGGGAAUUCUUCACGGACGAGGCGGGCCAGCGCUGGUUCUGCACGGGUGACGUGGGCGAGGUCCACCCAGACGGCUGCCUGCAGAUAGUGGACCGCAAGAAGGAUCUGGUGAAGCUGCAGGCCGGAGAGUACGUCUCACUGGGCAAAGUGGAGUCUGCUCUGAAGAACUGCUCCCUCAUCGAUAACAUCUGUGCAUACGCAAACAGUGACCAGAACUACGUGGUCAGCUUUGUGGUGCCCAACCAGAAGAGCCUGACCGCCCGGGCCAAUCAGAAGGCCAUCGAGGGGACCUGGGAGGAGAUCUGCAACAAUCCCAUCAUGGAGAAGGAGGUGCUGAAGGAGAUCACAGAGGUCGCAAAAUCAAUCAAACUCCAGCGGUUUGAGAUCCCGGUCAAGGUCCGCUUGAGCCCAGAGCCGUGGACCCCUGAGACGGGCCUCGUCACGGACGCCUUCAAACUGAAGAGGAAGGAGCUGAAGAAUCACUAUCUCCACGACAUCGAGAGGAUGUACGGGGCCAAGUAGUUCUGCAGCCCUGGCCCAGGAAUGUCUCUAGCUUUUUUUAUAUAUACACGUACAGUCAUGUGACUAAGAAAUACACCCUCUUUCAAUUCUAUGCUUUUAUAUAUUAUGACAUGCUGUAUUUUGACAACCCUGACUGAGUCCUAAGAGUAGAUAAAUGUAAACUCAUGUGACAAAUUACACAUGAGAGAUUUUAUUAAAAUCACAGAAUGGAGAGAGGGUGUGCUUUCUUUUUCACUGUAGGCAAAGCAAAAUGUCUGUCCGCUCCUCUGUCUGUCAGUCUUGGCAGCAGAGCAUGAGGAGUGCAGUCUGAUAUAGGAAGCACAACGCACUGUACGGAUGGGAACGAUGCCAGCUUUAUAUGAAAAUCCUUAAAAGAGGCCUCCACGAUCGGUAAAAAACAGGCGACUUGUGCUUUCACAAGGGAGGGAGUCCACUGCCAUUCAUUUUAAACUUUUUGAAUUUGUAUUUUGUAGGUUUUUGGAAUAUGUGGAUAUUAGCUUCCUGUGCUUUGUAAAAAUGUUUGUGUGUGCCUAUGAAAA